UUUGGUGAAACUUAUUUUGAUUUCAUUUUAUAUUCAGUUGAACAAGAAAUGCUCUGUAUCCCCUGGACAAUUUACGCUGAAGCAUGCUCAAAAGAUGGAGAAAAGAUUGAAAAAUCAGCGCCUUCGUCAGAGUUUAUUUACUUCCAAAAGGCGACGACUGAAACUCAAGUCUUUGAGGGCAAUGAAAAACUCCACACAGUCUGUAUUAGAAGGUGAUACAUACCAGUCCAAGAUUGGCAUUGAAGAAGAUUUAGAUCUUGAGGACAUUGAUCUCACUCCAGUAUCUUUUCCAAAGGAUGGUAGUGAAAUUAUUUUUGACUUGGAAACUACUGGUCUGGCUCGGACAUCUGAUAUUAUUCAGAUAGCAGCAGCCUCUGGAGACGAGGAAUUCAGUAUAUAUAUGACCCCAACGACAGAAAUUAGUAUUGGAGCUUCUGAGGCCACAGGUUUAACUUAUGUUGGAGGUGUCCUAACACAGAGGCCAGGCCGUGAGUUGUGUUACUCCCCAGGAAGGACUUUCCCAGUUUCUGAAUUUCAUCAAGAAGUUUUCAAAGCCAAUUCUGGUGGGACAUAA